UUCAGGGCGAGAUGACGUCCUACUACAUUCCUAUCGUGGCUGUGACCACCAUCAUCCUGGCGGCUUCGCUGCUGGACUUAACUCUUCUCGGGUUGGAGGAAGGCGUGGACCCCGGUAAAGGUUUUGAAGUAGCAAGGCCUUGGACACUGCUGGUUGUUGUGUGCAAAAUCGGUGUGAGAAUACGAACGGCUUUACUGUUGCGCGAUAGAUUUUUCUAGCGUGAAGCAACCUUGUGGUUAAGCUUCAAGGGGUCUUCUACGUCUCCGUCGGGAAGCUAUUGGAGAUGAAGCCCGAAAGAAAGCAGUCAGCGAGAGCAUCGAAAAAGGUCCUUUGGGGAAGCUGGGUUCUCCUCCCCGCCGACGACGCCAGACGCGUGGCGUACCUCACGUGAGAAUGUCACGUGAUUUUCUGGAACCUUCCGGAGCACAAGGAUUGGCAACAUCUUCGAUUGGCAAUUUGGACCCUCCGGGGCAGAAGGAUUGGCAAUAGAGUAGUUUGGCAAUAGUUGACCUGUACUUCACGUGACAAGUAACGUGACUCACGUGACCUAAAAUCAAUUAUCUGAUUGGCCGAAACCCUGUGGAAAAUCGUAUAAAAGGCCAUGCAGAGGUCAAGGUAAUCACUCGCCAGCUCAAGACCUUUUCUUGAAAAUGUCUCGAAUGCUUUCAACUCGCCGCUCCCGCAAGCCGAGGAAUUCCCCUGGAGUCCGUGCCUUGUCGUUCGACGAGGAGACAGUGGACGAUCCCCAACCAUCCACUUCCGGAGGAUAUCCUCGGUUGUGGAAUGCCCCGGACCCGCUCCUCUAUCUGUGCUCAUCCGCCGACGAAGUCGAUGAUGAGGGCUCAGAUGAGGACUACACACCUCCUUUGAAACUCUCAAGGACAAGUAAUCUCUCUGAAGUUGAAAUCUCCGGCCAGUUCAACGGUGACGACUCGGAUUGGGAGGAAUCCGAGUCCGACUCCGGAGAAUCUGCCGUGGAGGACAACUCGGAUGUAGAUUACGACUAUGUCCCGCUGGUGGAUACCUCCUUGGACUCGGACGAGCCCCUCGCGGAAUACGCCAGGCGAAAGUGGGAGCGCAACGCUCCCGGAACCCCUUCUUUUGCUUGGGCAAAGGAGGAGAACUUCGUCAGGCGUCACUGCUUCGAGGGGACACCGGGUGUACACGCACACAUUGACGAAUCGCCCGGCCCGAUGGAGAUAUUCAGCAGCCUCAUCCCAGAGGAGUUGUUUUAAACAAUUGUGGACGAGACGAAUCGGUACGCUCGACAGAACCCGCGAACCCCUUCAUCCCACAUGAAGGGGUGGGAGGACACAACGGUGCGGGAGGUCCACUCAUAUGUCGGACUUAGGUUCCUCAGUGGAGUUAGGCGAAGAAGUGCCAGAGGGA